AUGGACGGGGACGGAGGCGCCGGACUGGGCGGCGCGGCGAGGGAGACGCCCGCCGGCCUGGGCGCCGCGCCGAGGGAGCCCCCCGCCGGCCUGGUCGCCGCAGAGAUGGAAGGGCCCGCCGGCCUGGCCGCCGCGCCGCGGGCGGCCCCCGCCAGCCUGGGCGGCGCAUCGCGGGCGGCACCCGCCGGCCUGGCCGUCGCGCCGAGGGUGGCCCCUGCCGGCCUGGCCGCCGCGCCGAGGGCGGCCGUCGCCGGUCUGGGCGGCGCGCCGAGGGUGGCCCCCGCCGGUCUGGGCGCCGCGUCGAGGGGCGGCAUGACCGACGCGACGAGGGAGGCAUCAGGCAUGGAGCAAGAUCCGUCCAGGGGUGAUUUUGGGGCCCAGGAUGAUGGUGACCAAGGUCUGGCCGUCGGCGGACGAGGUCAUGACCGUGUUGGCAAUUUCAGGGGUGGCGGCCAAGGCCGUGGCCGUGUUGGCCAGGGUGGCGGCCGUGGCCGUGGCUGUGGCGCCGGGCAUGGCAGCGAGAAGGCAUCAAAGAGAAACGCUCCUAACACGCUGCAAGAUAGAAAUAUGCUUGUGAAGUCAAUUUGGAUAGCUGGAUCAGGAGUGAAAGGCUUAUGGUAG